UGUGCGCAUGUGUAGUAUGCUGCGCUGUGCACAGGCGCGGUGUGAGACGCGUUUGUAAGAUGGCGGUGUGAGCUCGCGGCCUGCUCCUGUAUGCCCGAGAUUCCCGCGGUCAUCAUUCAUACACUUGAUACUGUGUGCGUGGCGCGAACGGUUGGCGGGAGAAGGCGUGAGCUGAGCUGUGAUGGCCAAGCGGAUUGCGGAAAAAGAGUUGACGGACAGGAACUGGGAUCAGGAAGAUGAAGGAGAGGAGGCAGGAAUGUUUUCAAUUGCGAGUGAAGAUGUGAUGAAGAAUCGCGCCAUCAAGAAAGCCAAGCGUCGUAACGUAGGAGCAGAGGGAGAGAGUGGAGGGGCUUUCAAAGUGUUUAAGGGGUUCUCUCUGACCUCGGCCACAGGGACGACAUCAUUCUCGGGCUUUGGCAAUGGAGCUGGUUUCAAACCUCUGUCCAGCCUGACCAAUGGCAGCAUAGCAUCAGUGGCUCCAUCUUUUGCGGGGUUUAACGUUCCCACGUCUGCUAAAACUAACAGUGGUAAGUCUUUUACAUGAGCUGGGCAUUCAGUAGAAAGUCCAGGGUCCAAAA